AUGGCUACUAUCACAAUUUUGAUUCGGCAUUCCGGAAAAUGGAGCGAAGAGAAUUGCUAUGUAGAAUAUAGCAUUGACGGGAUAGUGUUGAAGGAAUAUGCUUCGUAUUCUGAUUUAGUUGAUUUGAUUUCGGUACAAUUGAACGUCGAUCUUACAAAAAAGUGUAUCAAAAUCAAAUACACUGUCGAAGGUAACAACACGCCUAUGGAAAUACGUAACGACAUGGGUGUGUGCGUAUAUGUUCAGUUGAAAAAGAUCAACACUCAAUUUGGAGUAUAUCCAUUGUGUGUAAGUAUUUUUGAUAUUGAUAUAGUAUAUUCCGAUUCUGGAGAAACUUCUAUUGAAGGUGAUGUGUUGCAACUUGAAUACAAUCAAGAAUUAAUUGGUACGAAUGAUACAUUACCAAUUGUCCCAACACUUGGCGAUCAACCAGUAGAUGCAUUUGAUGUUGGAAAUGAUUUAAUAAUUACGAACAGAUCGCAAAAGGAGAUAAUGAUUGAUCAGAUAUACAUGGAUAAGUCGACAUUGAAGGAUGUGAUGGAAAAGUAUUCAACCGAAAAAAGGUUUAAAUUCUUGGUGGAGAGGUCAAACUCUAUAAGCUAUACUCUUGUAUGUCAAUCUAAAGAAUGCCCAUGGCUGAUGAAAGCGUCAAGUAUUAACAAGUCGAAGAUGUUCAGAAUUAGAGUUUUUAACUCUGAACAUACAUGUCCUUUAAAGGAUGGGGUGCAUUCAGAUUGUCGUGCAACAAGUGGAUUGAUUGGAGGAAUAAUCGCACCUAAAUUGAGAAAUCACAAGAGAAAGUACACUCCAAAUGAUAUCAGGGAUGACGUUAGAUUGGACUUGGGUAUUGAUAUUAACUACAUGUUGGCAUGGCGAGCAAAAGAGAAGGCAUUAGAAUCGAUAAUGGGGCAACCAGCUGCGUCUUAUGGGAAGCUACCUAGAUACUUGUAUACCUUGGAUAAGACAUACCCUAGUUCACAUAUUCGAAUGAAGAAAACGCCUGAGAACGAAUUCUUGUAUGUGUUUAUAGCGUUGCAUGCUUUUAUAAAGGGAUUUGAUCAUUGUAGGCCAAUUGUUGUUGUAGAUGCCAGCCACCUUAAAUCAACAUAUACUGGAGCAUUCGUAUCAGCCAGCACUUUAGAUGGAGCAGGGAAUAUAUUACCUUUGGCAUACAGAGUUAUUGAUUCAGAAAAUGAUGCUUCUUGGACAUGGUUCUUUGAACAAUUCAAAGAAGCUUAUGGUGAAAGAGAGAAUAUGUGUGUGGUAUCUGACCGACAUAAUAGCAUAAUAAAGGCUGUAUCUAUUGUAUACAACAAUAUCCAACAUUACGCCUGCAUAUGGCACUUGUGGGCUAAUGUAUGCAAGAAUUUUCGAAAAGCAAAUGAGCAAUUAAGUGAAGUAUUCUACACUAUGGCAAAAGCGUAUACUCAAACUGAUUUUGAUAAGCUAAUGAAAAGAGUUGAGCAGUUUGAUGUAAGGGUGAAGAACUACUUGGAGUUGGUUGGAUAUGAGAAGUGGGCAAGGUUGUAUGCACCAGUUCCUCGUGGUUGGGUGAUGACGUCGAAUAUUGCAGAGUGCAUCAAUUCGACGUUGGUAGCAGCAAGAGAAUUACCAAUAUUUGACUUUCUUGAACAAGUGCGCUUGAUGUUUGCUAGAUGGAAUUGCACAAAUCGAAAAAAUGCAUCAUGUACUUUCACACUACUUGGGAAGAAGUUUCAGGAAAUGCUUGUGCUUAAUGAAUCAAAAUCUGGGCGUAUGACGGUUGUCCCGUCAACUGAUUACAUUUAUUCAGUAAGUGAUGAAGGGAAGAGUUAUAUUGUAUGCUUGGAAAAGAAGACUUGUAGUUGCAACAGGUUUCAAGUUGACGGAAUACCGUGCGCACAUGCGUGGAGGGUGUUGAACAAAAAACACAUGCUUCCAGAUGAAUAUUGUUCAGACUUUUACAAGCCAGAAACAAUAUUGAGAACAUAUGAAGUGCCUGUGUAUCCUCUCCCUGACAAAAGUGAAUGGAAUAUACCUGAACACAUUGAUACCGAAGUUGUGUUGCCACCAAAAUACAAGCGACCUCCAGGAAGGCCAAAGAAGCAACGGGAGAAGUCAUUUAGCGAGUUUAGCAAAAGGAAGGGUACCAAUUCUUAUAGUACAUGUGGACAGCGUGGUCAUAAUAGGCGUUCAUGUCGAACUGCAACAUGGAAUGCAUAG